CAGAGCCCCGGAAGUUGUUAAUUACACGACGCAAUACUGCGUUGACCUCCAAAAAAACACGCCGAAAGCUUGAGCACACCGCCGGCCUGGCUACGACAGACAACGCUCUGCAGACACAUCUGCGGAGCCCAAUUGCGCGCUCACGCACAGUCCGAGCACCAUGGCGGGCGCCAGCGGGUCGGAUCCCACGCGGAUCGCGAUUCUGGGCAAGGACGACAUCGUGGUCGACCACGGCAUCUGGCUGGGCUUUGUGACUCACGACCUGCUGCAGCACCUGCCGUCGUCCACCUACGUGCUCGUCACCGACACCAACCUCUACCAGACCUACGUCCCGCCGUUCCAGGCCGUCUUCGACGCCGCCGCCCCGAAAGAUGCCCGCCUGCUCACCUACGCCAUCCCGCCCGGCGAGUUCUCCAAGGGCCGCGAGACCAAGGCCGAGAUCGAGGACUGGAUGCUGGCCCAGGCAUGCACCCGCGACACCGUCAUCAUCGCCCUCGGCGGCGGCGUCAUCGGCGACAUGAUCGGCUACGUCGCCGCCACCUUCAUGCGCGGCGUGCGCUUCGUGCAGGUGCCCACCACCCUGCUCGCCAUGGUCGACUCCUCCAUCGGCGGCAAGACCGCCAUCGACACCCCGAUGGGCAAGAACCUGAUCGGCGCCUUCUGGCAGCCCCGCCGCAUCUACAUCGACCUGGCCUUCCUCGAGACCCUGCCCGUGCGCGAGUUCAUCAACGGCAUGGCCGAGGUCAUCAAGACCGCCGCCAUCUGGGACGAGGCCGAGUUCGCCGCCCUCGAGGAGAACGCCGCCGCCAUCCUCGACGCCAUCCGCUCCAAGGCCUCGAGCCCCUCCGCCCGCCUCGCUCCUAUCCGCCACAUCCUGAAGCGCAUCGUCCUGGGCUCUGCCCGCGUCAAGGCCCAGGUCGUCUCCUCCGACGAGCGGGAGGGCGGCCUGCGCAACCUGCUCAACUUUGGCCACUCCAUCGGCCACGCCUACGAGGCCAUCCUCGCCCCCCAGGUCCUGCACGGCGAGUGUGUCGCCAUCGGGAUGGUCAGGGAGGCAGAGCUGGCCCGCUUCCUCGGCAUCCUCAGCCCGGGUGCGGUCGCCCGUCUCGCCAAGUGCAUCGCCAGCUACGACCUGCCCACCUCGGUGCACGACAAGCGCAUUGCUAGAUUGUCGGCCGGCAAGGAGUGCCCGGUGGACGUCCUCUUGCAGAAGAUGGCGGUCGACAAGAAGAACGAUGGCCGCAAGAAAAAGAUCGUGCUGCUGUCCGCCAUUGGCAAGACGUACGAGCCCAAGGCGACCGUGGUCGACGACCGCGCCAUCCGGAUCGUCCUGUCUCCCUCGAUCCGCGUCACCCCCGGCGUGCCCCAGAGCCUGUCCGUCAGCGUGACGCCGCCCGGCUCCAAGAGCAUCUCCAACCGGGCUCUCGUCCUGGCCGCCCUCGGCGAGGGCACAACGCGCAUCCAUGGCCUCCUGCAUUCGGACGACACCCAGUACAUGCUCACGGCCAUCGCCCAGCUCCAAGGUGCAUCGUAUUCAUGGGAAGACGCCGGCGAGGUCCUCGUCGUCAAGGGCAAGGGAGGCAAGCUGCAGGCCAGCGCGGAGCCUUUAUACCUCGGUAAUGCCGGCACCGCCUCACGUUUCCUCACGUCCGUUGUGGCUCUCUGCGCGCCGUCCGCAGUUUCUUCGACCGUUUUGACGGGCAACGCGAGGAUGAAGGUGCGGCCCAUCGGUGCGCUUGUCGACGCCUUGCGGGCGAACGGCGUGGGGGUCAAGUAUCUCGAGAAGGAGAAGAGCCUGCCGGUGCAGGUGGACGCCAAUGCUGGCUUUGCCGGUGGCGUGAUCGAGCUGGCUGCCACCGUGUCGUCGCAGUAUGUCUCGUCCAUCUUGAUGGCUGCGCCUUACGCCCACAAGCCCGUGACGCUCCGGCUUGUCGGCGGCAAGCCCAUCUCCCAGCAGUACAUCGAUAUGACUAUCGCCAUGAUGGCCUCAUUCGGCAUCCACGUCGAGCGGUCAGCCGAGGAUCCCAAUACCUACCACAUCCCCCAGGGCGUCUACAAGAACCCGGCCGAGUACGUCGUCGAGAGCGACGCCAGCUCGGCUACCUACCCGCUGGCCGUCGCUGCCAUCACCGGCACCACUUGCACCAUUCCGAACAUCGGCUCCAAGUCGCUUCAAGGAGAUGCCCGCUUCGCCGUCGACGUCCUCCGACCUAUGGGCUGCACGGUCGAGCAAACGGACAGCUCUACGACCGUUACCGGGCCGCCAAUUGGCACACUCAAGGCCCUCGAGCAUGUCGACAUGGAGCCCAUGACUGACGCUUUCCUGACUGCCUCGGUGCUUGCCGCCGUUGCCUCGGGCACCACCCGGAUCACGGGCAUUGCGAACCAGCGCGUCAAGGAAUGCAACCGGAUUGCCGCCAUGAAGGACCAGCUCGCCAAGUUUGGUGUCCACUGCAACGAGCUCGAGGACGGUAUCGAGGUGGUCGGAAAGCCAUACCGCGAGCUGCAGAAUCCGACCGAGGGCAUCUACUGCUACGACGACCACCGUGUUGCCAUGAGCUUCGGCGUGCUGGCCACCAUCUCACCGCACCCGGUGCUCAUCCUCGAGAGGGAAUGCACUGCUAAGACCUGGCCCGGAUGGUGGGACGUCAUGUCUCAGGCCUUCCACGUGCACCUGGAGGGCGAGGAGGAUCCGACGGCGAAACAACCCGUGGUCAACUCGUCGUCCGGCUCAGGCUCCGAUCGAUCCAUCUUCGUCAUUGGCAUGCGCGGUGCUGGCAAAUCGACGGCCGGCCGGUGGAUGUCGCAGAUCUUGAAGCGGCCGCUGAUUGAUCUGGACGUCGAGCUGGAGAGGAGAGAGGGCAUGACGAUUCCCGAGAUCAUCCGCGGCGAGCGCGGCUGGGAGGGCUUCCGAAAAGCCGAGCUGGAGCUCCUCGAAGAUGUCAUGAAGAACCAGUCCAAGGGCUACAUCUUCUCCUGCGGCGGCGGCAUUGUCGAGAGCGAGGCGGCGCGUAAGCUCCUCAUCUCGUAUAAAAAUGCCGGCGGCUGUGUGCUUCUGGUGCAUCGCGAUACCGACCAGAUGGUUGAGUAUCUGAUGCGGGACAAGAGCCGCCCGGCCUACUCGGAGAACAUCCGCGAGGUCUACUACCGCCGCAAGCCGUGGUUCGAGGAGUGCAGCAACUUCCAGUACCACAGCCCGCACCUGGAUGGCUCCGAAGACCUGCUCGAGCCCCCAGCCGAUUUCAGCCGCUUCCUCUCCGUCAUAUGCGGACAAUCCGCGCACCUGGAAGACGUCCGCAAGAAGAAGCACUCCUUCUUCGUCUCGCUGACUGUCCCAGAUGUGUCUACGGCGCUUGACAUCAUCCCCAAGGUGGUCGUGGGGUCCGAUGCGGUCGAGCUGCGCGUUGACCUGCUCCAGAACUACGACCCUGACUUCGUCGCUCGCCAGGUCGCCCUUCUCCGGUCGGCGGCGAAGGUUCCCAUUGUCUACACGGUUCGUACCGUGAGCCAAGGCGGCAAGUUCCCCGACGACGACUAUAAGCUGGCGCGCGAGCUGUACCAGGUCGGCCUGCGCACCGGCGUCGAGUACCUCGACUUGGAGAUGACAAUGCCUGCCGAGAUCCUCGAGGCGGUGACCGAGGCGAAGGGCUUCACUCGCAUCAUCGCAUCGCACCACGACCCGCAGUACAGGCUGUCGUGGAAGAACGGUUCCUGGAUCCCCUUCUACAACAAGGCGUUACAGUACGGCGACGUGAUUAAGCUCGUGGGCGUGGCCCGUGAGAUUGGCGACAACUUCGCUCUCACUAACUUCAAGACGAGGAUGCUCGCUGCUCACAACAAGCCCGUGAUUGCGCUCAAUAUGGGCCCGGCCGGCAAGCUCAGCCGAGUGCUGAACGGUUUCAUGACGCCGGUCAGCCACCCGGCUCUGCCGUCCAAGGCCGCUCCCGGGCAGCUGUCGGCGGCCGAGAUCCGACAGGCGCUGGCGCUCAUCGGCGAGCUGGAGCCCAAGUCGUUCUACCUCUUCGGCAAGCCCAUCGGCUCGUCGCGGUCGCCCGCGCUCCAUAACACGCUGUUCGGCGCCACCGGGCUGCCGCACCAGUACUCGCGCUUCGAGACGGACCGGGCGUCGGACGUCCAGGACCUCCUCCGCUCGCCCGACUUCGGCGGCGCCUCGGUGACCAUCCCGCUGAAGCUCGACAUCAUGCCCCUGCUGGACCGGAUCUCGGACGCGGCGCGCGCCAUCGGCGCCGUCAACACCAUCAUCCCGGUGGCCCCGUCCGCCGACGGCGCCAAGCCAGCCCUCCUCGGCGAUAAUACCGACUGGAUGGGCAUGGUGUUCGCGCUGCGGUCCGCCGGCCUGGUGCAGCGCUCCGCCGCCCGCCCCGGCGCCGCCAUGGUCGUCGGCUCCGGCGGCACCACCCGCGCCGCCAUCUACGCGCUACACUCGCUGGGUUACGCGCCCAUCUACGUGGUCGCGCGCACCCCGGACCGCGUGCGCGAGCUGGCCGCCGGCUUCCCCCCCGACUACGCCGUCCGCCACCUCGCCACCCCUGAGGACGUCGCCGCCCUCGCCCCGGACGCCCUGCCCGCCGUCGCCGUCAGCACCAUCCCCGCCGACAAGCCCAUCGAUCCCGGCAUGCGCGAGGUGCUGGUCCGCGCGCUGCACGCCGGCAAUGGCGGCGGCGGCGAGACCGACGGCGCAACACCCACCGCCGCCGCCAGACCCCCGCGCGUCCUGCUCGAGAUGGCGUACAUGCCCCGCCACACGCCGCUGAUGCAGCUCGCCGAGGACGCCGGGUGGAAGACCAUCCCCGGGCUUGAGGUGUUGGCUGCGCAGGGGUGGUAUCAGUUCCAACUCUGGACCGGCAUCACGCCGCUGUAUGCCGAUGCCAGGGCCGCUGUUAUGGGCAGCGAGUCUGCGUGAGCGGUUAGGGAGACGGUGGGGGGGGGGGGGGGGUUGGUACGUGCAAGGACGGAGCUUGCGUAGAGAGGGGCAAGUUGUCGGCUUGCUGGUGCGCGAGUCGAGCUGCACGGGAUAGAGAAAAAGAAAAGUAGUCGUGCCUUCUACAUGCGGU